AUGCGUGAGGCCAUCUGCAUCCACAUCGGCCAGGGAGGCGUGCAGAUUGGAAACGCCUGCUGGGAGCUCUUCUGCCUCGAGCAUGGCAUCCAGCCGGAUGGUCAGAUGCCCAGCGACAAGACCAUCGGUGGUGGAGAUGACGCAUUUAACACGUUCUUCUCCGAAACCGGCGCUGGAAAGCAUGUCCCUCGUUGCGUCAUGGUGGAUCUUGAGCCGACGGUCGUGGAUGAAGUUCGCACCGGUACCUACCGACAGCUUUUCCAUCCGGAGCAGCUGAUUUCUGGUAAAGAGGAUGCCGCGAACAACUUCGCACGCGGACACUACACGAUUGGCAAAGAGAUUGUGGACCUCGUCCUUGACAGGAUCCGCAAGUUGGCCGACAACUGCACCGGGCUGCAGGGCUUCUGCGUCUACAAUGCUUGCGGCGGAGGAACCGGCUCUGGCUUGGGCUGCCUCAUGCUCGAGCGCUUGUCCGUGGACUACGGAAAGAAGAGCAAGAUUUCCUUCACCGUCUGGUGCUGCCCCCAAGUAGCAACGGCCGUCGUCGAGCCGUACAACACCGUGUUGUGCGUUCACUCCCUCUUGGAGCAUACCGACGUGACGAUCAUGUACGACAACGAGGCCCUCUACGAUAUCUGCCGCAGGAACCUGGACAUUGAGCGCCCCACCUACACCAACCUGAACCGCUUGAUUGCCCAGAUCAUCAGUUCACUGACGGCCAGCCUUCGCUUCGAUGGAGCCUUGAACGUGGACAUCACGGAGUUCCAGACCAAUCUGGUGCCGUACCCGCGCAUCCACUUCAUGCUCACGUCCUAUGCUCCGGUCAUCUCCGCCGAGAAGGCCUACCACGAGCAGCUGUCCGUGGCGGAGAUCACGAUGUCCGUCUUCGAGCCGGCGUCGAUGAUGGUGAAGUGCGAUCCCCGGCACGGCAAGUACAUGGCCUGCUGCAUGAUGUACCGCGGUGACGUUGUUCCGAAAGAUGUGAACGCUGCAGUGGCCACUAUCAAGACCAAGCGCACCAUCCAGUUCGUGGACUGGUGUCCUACGGGCUUCAAGUGCGGCAUCAACUACCAGCCCCCGACUGUGGUUCCAGGUGGAGACCUGGCAAAGGUCAUGCGCGCCUGCUGUAUGAUCUCGAACUCCACCGCCAUCGCGGAAGUCUUCUCGCGCAUCGACCACAAGUUUGACCUCAUGUACUCGAAGCGCGCCUUCGUCCACCACUACGUCGGCGAAGGAAUGGAGGAGGGCGAGUUCUCGGAGGCCAGAGAAGACCUGGCUGCACUGGAGAAAGACUACGAGGAGGCGAUGGCAGUCUAUGGUGGGCAUCGAGACCGCCUCUCGGAGCUUGGAAUCUUUGGUGUUGUUGUGGGCUUGCUGAGGGCGAAGGUGAAGAGGAAGGAUACGGUGACGAAUUCUGAUGGAGCUCGACGAAGCCUGUCUGGGAAGCAUGCUGACCACUCUGCAGCGCCCGUGGUGGCGACGUCCACGCGGCCCAACUUCGAAAAGUGUGUCGGUGAGCCACCCUUCUUCGCGGAUGCGCAGCACUCGGGGCUGCGGAUCGUUCGUUUCGACGACGAGGGUAGCAGGCACGACUGGUUCCUCCUUGCUGACAUGCCCCCGACCCUGGACGACGCCUUCCGUCAAGAUGGCAACUUCAACGGCAGCCCCAGGAGGCGUCGCCGGAGGACCAGCGAAGUGGUCAAGCAGAGGUUGGGGCUUCCUGGUCCAGAGGAAUCCUCACCGCCCAGGUCGCUCUGA